GAGAGGUGGUGCGAAUCAUGUCGGGGCAACAAAUACAAAAUUCAAUUUUUUCUGGGCUGAAAAAAUGACGGCCUGCUUCUUCCUAAAUCUGCCACUCUCUUCUUCUUCAUCUACUGCGUUUGCUUCUCACAGUAACUACCAAUCACCAUCUUCCUUCCCUCCACUUCUCACUCUAAUCCCAACCCAAUUCUCCCAUCUUCGAACCCCUCGAUUCUCUCGCCAAAUCAGAGCCGCAUCAGCUGCCAUGGAAGCCACCCAGCAGGGCGAGACCACCGCCUCGGCGUCGCCCAUGAAGCUCUUGUUCGUGGAGAUGGGCGUCGGCUACGACCAACACGGGCAGGACGUUACGUCUGCGGCAAUGCGGGCUUGCAGAGAUGCCAUCACUUCCAAUUCAAUCCCUGCGUUUCGAAGAGGGUCAAUUCCUGGUGUGACAUUUGAGCAGAUGAAGCUAGAGAUCAAGCUGGGGGUGCCUCGUGUACUCCAACCAUCGCUGGAUGUCGAGAAGGUCAAAUCAGUCUUUCCAUAUGGAGAAAUUGUGAAAGUUGAAGUUGUGGAUGGUGGACUGAUAUGCUCAAGUGGCGUGUUGGUGGAAGAAAUGGGAGAUAAGACUGACGACUGUUACAUAGUGAAUGCAGCAGUUUACAUUGGUUACUAGCUUCUUUUUUCCUCCAAAUCCCCCACCGGAGUGUUCUUAAGUGGACUUGCUCAAGUUCGUUAUCUUGAACUGAUACCGAACCCUUCUAGGAGAGUCAUGGCUGGUGCAUCAGUGUCUUCGCCUGUGAGAGGAAGAGCAGUAUCCGUCAACAUAUCUUUGAUUUUUCUGUGCCAAGAGCUGUCUUCCUGUCAUUUUUAUGGCUGAUGAUUGUAUAGCGAAUCCCCGAAUGCUUGGUCUUGUAUGCUUAUUAAUAAUUGGAAUUGAAGAUAUAUGAUGCUACCGACGAUUUCUUCACAAAAUCCUAAGUUUGUGUUCA